CUGAACACCCGCACGGCUUGCGAGGCGGUCUCCUCUCCAGUUGACGCCGACCGGACAGACCGUCCACUUUCACGCCCCAGUCUGAGCGCACCCCUCCAGACUACAGGCAUGGCGGCUAUCGAGGCUCGGGAAUGCGAAACAGAAGGCUGUAGCAUCGAGGCCAAACUUCAGUGCCCAACCUGUAUCAAGCUCGGGAUACAAGGCUCCUACUUCUGCUCUCAGGAGUGCUUCAAAGGAAGCUGGGCCACUCACAAGCAGCUGCACAAAAAAGCAAAGGAAGAUAAGAACCAGCAUGAGGCACAGAACUGUUUGGAGAAUGACACCAACACAGACCCAUGGCCUGGUUAUCGCUAUACAGGCAAACUACGCCCUCAUUACCCACUUAUUGCAAAGAGGCCUGUCCCCAGCGACAUCCAAAGACCUGACUAUGCUGACCAUCCACUAGCAGCAGAAGUGGGUCUUAUGGCAGGCAUGUCUGAGUCUGAGCAAUCUUUGAAGGGUACUUCACAGAUCAAGAUCCUUUCUGCCGAUGACAUCGAAGGAAUGAGAGUUGUGUGUAAGCUUGCCCGUGAGGUGCUUGAUAUCGCUGCCCUCAUGGUAAAACCUGGCAUGACCACUGAGGAGAUUGACCAUGCUGUGCACCUGGCCUGCACGGCUAGAAACUGUUACCCCUCCCCUCUCAACUACUACAACUUCCCCAAGUCCUGCUGCACAUCAGUCAACGAGGUCAUCUGCCAUGGCAUACCAGACAGAAGACCACUGGUGGAUGGGGAUAUCCUCAACGUUGAUAUUACUGUUUACCACAAUGGAUACCAUGGUGACCUUAAUGAGACAUUCUUUGUUGGAGAAGCAGAUGAAGGGGCAAAAAAGCUUGUCCAGACAACCUUUGAAUGCCUUAUGCAAGCCAUUGACUCUGUGAAGCCUGGUAUCCGCUACAGGGAGCUUGGUAACAUCAUCCAGAAACAUGCCCAGGCUAAUGGCUUCUCUGUGGUGCGUAGCUACUGUGGCCAUGGCAUCCACAAACUGUUCCACACUGCCCCUAAUGUGCCACACUAUGCUAAAAACAAAGCAGUUGGAGUAAUGAAGCCUGGUCAUGUAUUCACCAUCGAACCCAUGAUCUGUGAAGGUGGUUGGCAGGAUGAGACGUGGCCGGACGGCUGGACAGCAGUGACUAGAGACGGGAAGCGUUCGGCCCAGUUUGAACACACCCUGCUUGUUACCGAGACAGGCUGUGAAAUUUUGACACGCCGACAGGACGACAAUGGACGUCCCCACUUCCUCAACCAAAUCUAAACCGGGCGGGUACAGACAUAAAUUGACUGUUUCACAGGAUGCUCUCUCUUUGCCCCCUCCCCCCAUCCCCCAUUAUAUCGCACACAUACACAAACAAACACCUCUAAUCUGAGGAACCACACCCUUUGAGACCGGCCCGCUGCUGCCUAGGUCUCAGUGUUGAAGUGUGUUUUGUGUCGUUCUCCAAGCAUAACAGAAAGAAUAGAUCUGAUAUCGGCUGUGUGGAUUUCUUUUAUCAAGGCUGUUUUAAAAAAAAUAGUUUUAUCAGAAGAUGAUAAAAAAGGAAAAAUAAAUGAGAGAAGGUAUUUCUGAGGUGUAGCUUUGUGCAGUUGCAUGCUGAAUUCUUACCUUGACUGUGAGUUUGGAUUCUGUCAUAUGACUGCAGAGGUGUGGAAAGGGUCAUGUUUUAGUUUGACCCAAUGACCACUAAACAUGUGCCACCUUAAUGCGUUGCCUGAUUGACAACAAGACAGCUGGACUCCUAUAGACAGGCCUGAUGGGCCAGGAUAUAGAGGACGUUAAGCUCUGUGUAAUGUUUUGCUGAAGUGUGUAGUGCAGGUCUAUUCAAAUUUGGCCCUGAGGUCCGCUGCACUGGUUUUCUUUUCUCUGUAGGAGUGAACUAGUGGAUUCAUGUUCACUGGUUGACCGGAGUCCCCUAUCUGGCGUCCUCAGCGCUGCAGACCCUGGGGCCUGCAUUGCAAUUGGCCUGGUGUUACGCGUUGAGCCUUAAUCUGUGUGAAUUAAGAAUGAACAUGCUGGAUGAUGUCCUGGCAGCAUGUCUGGUAUUCCUAAGUCCAGUCUAUCACUAUUUACAUUGAUAUGCUGUCUACUUACUGGCGCCAGCAACACGCUUGCGUCUCCAAUUAUUUUAUUUUUACAGUCCAAUCUUUCCAUAGACUCUCUACAACCUUUUUUUUCUUUGAUGAUAGAGUAAUAAACAGCUGUUGUGUAGUUGGUGUUUGUGUAUGCUUUUGUGUUUGUGUGAGGACUGUAUAAAUACCAAAGGCUCAAACAGAAGUUUGGGUUUACUACAGACCUGUGAAUUAAUAUCAUUUUCCAGAAUACUGUAUUAUUAAAUGGUUAUAACCAUGA